AUGGGCGAAAUGGAUAGGAAUAACAAGAAAAUUUUACAAAACAUCAAAAUGCCCGAGCAAAGCAAUGACUACCGAGUGGUGGUGUUCGGUGCCGGAGGUGUUGGCAAAAGCUCGCUGGUACUGCGAUUCAUCAAGGGAACAUUCCGUGAAAGCUACAUCCCCACCAUCGAGGACACGUAUCGGCAGGUGAUAAGCUGCAAUAAAAACAUAUGCACACUGCAAAUCACCGACACGACCGGUUCGCAUCAGUUUCCGGCAAUGCAGCGGCUGUCCAUCACGAAGGGUCACGCAUUCAUACUGGUGUACUCCGUCUGUUCGAAACAGAGCCUUGAGGAGCUCCGACCAAUUUGGAGCUUAAUCCGGGAGCUAAAGGGCGAAGAAAUAUCCCAGAUACCUGUAAUGCUGGUCGGCAACAAAUGUGAUGAAAGUGAAGACUUACGGGAGGUGACCAACAUCGAAGGUCAAACGGAAGCCGCUACCUGGGGCGUCUCGUUCAUGGAAACGUCUGCCAAAGAAAACCACAAUGUUACCGAACUGUUUCAGGAACUACUCAAUAUGGAAAAGAACCGAAACGUAUCACUGCAGCUCGAUGGGAAGAACAAAAAGAAGAACAAAAAGAAAAUGAUGAAAGAGCAGGCAAAGGAGGAAAAGCUGCUGAAGGAGAAGAAGGAAAAACAGAUGCAACGGGAAAAGGAAAAGGGCAAAGAGAAGGACAAAGACAAGGAAAAGCAAACGAAAGAGAAGGACAAAGGGAAGGAGGGGAAGGAGCCGGCACCGGCCGGCGAAGGGAGCGGCACACUGAAGGAAAAGUGUAAAGUGAUGUGA